AUGUUUCCUACCCUUGCCGCUAUACUAGACAAUCCUAGCAUAAACUACAAAGGGGUGGCCAUCCUGUUCCUAAUUGGAAACUUUACUCUCAAUGCUUAUCUCAACUACAGGGAGUACAAAUUCCAUGAUAAGAAGGAAAAGACUCCUGGAGUUCUUAAAAACGUUAUUGAUGCUGAGACAUUCGAAAAAAGUAAGGGUUACACUCGGGAUAACUUGAAGAUGGAUAUGUUUCGACAAGCAGUCUCCCUCAUCAGAGAUGUGGCCAGAUUAAAGUGCGACUAUUAUCCUCAUUUUUGGAACGUUGCUCACGCUGCUGUACGAAAGUUGAGCAGCUUGCCUUUUGUUGGUAAGUUCUUGGUGGUCAAUACCAUUCUGCAAAGCGUCAUGUUUUUUGCCCUCAACUUCACUGUAUCUACUAUUAUAUCUUGGGUAACCUCCUACAUUCACACAUUUCACCUCGAGGAGCGUUGGGGCUUCAACAAAUACACACACGCGAAGUUCGCCAAAGAUAAGUUGAAGGAAUUCUUGGUUUUGCAGGUAGUUUUAGCUCCUCUUGUGUACCUAUUUGUGAGAAUUUUGACUGUUUUUGGUGAUUCCUUCAUUUUCUAUGCGAUGACUUUCGCCUUGGUGGCUGAACUCUUUGUUCAGACAAUCAUUCCAAACUUCAUCCUUCCUUUCUUGUACAAGUUGUAUCCUUUGGAAGAAGGCCCCUUGCGCAAAGAAAUUGAGGCGCUUGCUAAAAAAAACGGCUUCCCGGUCUCUCAAUUGUUAGUCAUGGAGGGCUCGGUCAUUACUUCUCACUCAAAUGCUUUCAUGGUUGGGCUACCUUGGUGUAAACGGAUUGUUCUUUUUGAUACCUUGAUUGAACAAUCGUCGAUCCCAGAGAUUGUUGCUAUCUUGGGCCACGAGAUUGGUCAUUGGAAGUUGAAUCACAUUCCUCAAAUGAUUUUCAGAGAUCAAAUUUCUCAUGCCCUCACUUUCAUCACCUUUUCUGUUUUUGCCCACAAUGAGUCCCUUUUCCGUUCUUUUGGUUUUUCUCAGGGGAUUUCUCCCUUGAUUGCCCUUAUCCUCGUAUCGUAUUUGACAUGGCCUAUUGACAUUGUGAAUAAACUCCAGAACAAUCUCUUGAUUAGAAGGAAUGAAUACCAAGCAGACAAGUUUGCGUCUGACCUAGGUUACACAAACGAGAUUGCUUCUGGAUUGAUUAGAUUGGAUAAAAAGAAUUUGACAAAUACGACUAACGAUUGGUUGUACGCACUUUAUAAUGUCACUCACCCAAAUCUAGUUGAGAGAUUGACGGCCGUGGGAUACGAUCCCUCCAAAGCAGAGACUGAGGAAAAAAACUUUGAAGGUUCCGAGAAGAUCAUCGAAAGUGUAGCAGGUUGA